AUGCAUUGCGCGGGAACUCCGUUUGAUCAGGAUCAGCAGCCACAAAAAACGGGAGCCGCGGACAGCUUGCAGUUUAUAAUGAAACAAUCUUCACGACUGCGGAAUCAGUCCGUGUACGAUACAGCGCGUUCUGGAGCUGCUGAGGUGCGACUGGAUAUGCUGCUGGAUGUACUGCCGGAUGUGCUUACAAUAGUGAAGGCCGCGUGUGUUUACGACACGUUGACAAUUGAUGAUUUUGAUCUGCUGCGCGUGGUUGGUCGCGGCGCCUUUGAUCGCAUUCGCUACUGGGGCGAAAGUGGUAAGGUGUACGCUAUGAAGGUGAUUGAGAAGGCCGCUGUGUUUGCAAAGAACCAAGUGGAGCACACGAAGACGGAACGGCGUAUCUUGCAGGGCGUGGACCACCCGUUUAUGGUGAAGCUGCGGUAUGUAUUCCAGAACGAAGCAAAGCUGUAUUUCGUAAUGGACUUUUACAACGGCGGCACUCUGCACUUCCACCUGCGUCGUGCAAUGCACUUCGAUGAGGUUCGCACUCGCUUCUACUCAGCGCAGCUCGUAUUAGCAGUUUCGCACCUGCACACGUACAACAUCGUGUACCGCGAUCUCAAGCCCGAGAACAUCUUGCUGGACGAUCAGGGAUUUAUCGCACUCACCGAUUUUGGUUUGUCGCACGAUAACUUUGACAGUAAAGAUGGCAUGCAGACCUUCUGCGGCACGCCCGAGUACAUCGCCCCCGAGCUCAUUCGCCGCGUUUCGUACGGCAAGGCGGUCGAUUAUUGGUCUCUGGGCGUCCUGAUAUUCGAGAUGCUUGCGGGUUACACGCCAUUCUACCACGCAAAUCGUAAGCGCAACUUCCAGAACAUUGUGAAGCUUCCACUUCGAUUCCCGUCCGAGUUUUCCGAGGAUGCUCGUUCGCUACUGCGCGGUUUGAUUUGUCGUAACCCAGCAAAGCGACUUGGCUCGGGACCGUGCGGUGCUCAAGAGAUUAUGGACCAUCCGUUCUUCGCUGACGUCGAUUGGGAAAAGCUGUAUAAACGUGACGUGCCUGUACCAUUCCGGCCUGUAGUCAAAUGUGACGGUGAAGUGAGCAACGUGCCGGAAUUCUUCAAGCGACAAGAAGUCGUGGACUCGGUGGUCUCAGAUGCACCUAUCGGCAAGAGCCACGUGUUUCAAGGGUUCUCUUAUACGGACCCGUGCAACAUGUAG